AUGUUAUUAACAUCAUAUGUUAUAUAUCUUGGUACUGAAUUUAUUUUAGAUGUCUUAGGAAUAUUUCAUAAGAAACAUAAAAAGCAUAAACAUAAGAAGCAUAAGAAAAAGAGGGGUGCUGAAGAUGGAGAUGAUUCUGGUGGUGGCAGUCCUGGCACUCCCAAUGAAGGUUUUAAACAUGGUCUGAAAUUGAAAAUAAAAAUUGGAGGACAAACAUUUGGAGAAGCCAGAGUGUCCAAAUCUGAAAUCAAUGAAGCAUCUAGUGAUGAAUCAGCCAAUAUAGAUGUAGUGGAUACAGCACCACCACCUUCAUUUGCUUCAUUACUUGAAUCUAGCAAUCCAUCAGUUACCGCAACUCCUCCACCUAAAAAAGUAAAAAAAGUUGACGAAGAGGAAGCUUGGCUUGCAGCUCUUGAAGCAGGACGCUUAGAUGAAGUAGAUGAAGAAUUACGUCGGAUGAAAGAUCCGAAUUUAAUGACAGCAAGGCAGCGUUCUUUAUUAGAAAGUAAGGCUCAAAAAGAGAAAGAAGAAAUUGUACCUGUUGUUCCUGAAACUAAAGUUUUAAGUGAAGAAAUGAUUCAGAAAAAAAUUAUGAAAGCUAAGAAAAGAAAGGAACAAGCUGAAGAAAAGCGAGAGAAAGAUAAGAAACAAACUAUAGAAAGACUUUUGAAAAAAUCUGACAAACCUAAAGGAGUGAAGAAAACAGUGAAGAAGUCAGAUGUUCCAAAAGUGAAAUACAUAGAUCAUGAAAUUAAAGGCCGUUCACUUUCAUUUCCGCCAGGUUUUCAGUAUCCAUUAAAGCCACAGGCAGCAAAAGAGGCUCCACCUGUUAUUUUAUGUGGAGUAAAAGGCUGUGAAAAUAAGAAAAAAUAUUCAUGUUCUAAAACUGGUGUACCUCUGUGCAGCUUAGAAUGUUACAAGAAAAAUAUGUUAUGUUAUGCUAAUGCACAAAUGGUUAUUGUAUCAUAACAAUAAAUUUUUUAUUACUUGAAAAAUAUGUAAAAUAUGUGAAUAUAGUUAAUUGUAAUUUAACUAAUAAACUUGAAGAAAGUCAUGCAAAUUGUUCUUUCUCCAUUUGUUUUAGUGACUUUAUUUUUAGUGUAUAUAUAGUAUGUUGUAAAUAAAAAUUGCUACAUGAAUUACUGUAAAUAUAAAAACUUUGCUUAUAAGUGCACUGUUGUAUUACUGUUCUGGUCCUUUUCAUCAUAUAAGGAAUGGUUAGAUUAUCUAUGCAAUUUAACCUUACAUAAGCAUAAAAUAUAUUUUUACAAAGUAAAAGCUAUUAGUGCAGGCUCUUGUUUUAGCUUUCAUGUUUUACUUUCAAACCAUUACGUUUCCUUUAUUAUGGAUUUAACAUUUGUAGAUGGCCGCCGCUCAAAGAAUCCAGUGGGAAUUUACUGUGAAGGAUGAAGAACGUGUAAUGUGUGAAAAAGGGAUUUAAGGGAAAAAAAGGGAAAUUUUACUUUAAAAGAUGGCUUAUGGGUAGUAACUAGCAUUUCUUAUCUUUUGUGGUAGAUGUAAAGCAUUUCAAAUGUUUGCUUUCGGGUAAAAUUACAAAUAUGUUAAAAAUACUUAUUUUCUCCCUCCUAUCUGCAUGCCUUCAUGGUGUAACAGUUAGCAAACUCGGAGCAUAACCUAAAGGUUCAGGUUCGAGUCCCGGCAAGGACAUUGCUCAUUUUUCAUGUCUUCUUCCAAAAUAAUGUAAUGUUUCUACGUACUAAGCAAAUGUUCAUCUCUGAAUGAAGCACUGCAGUAGGUUUCUCUUCUGCCAUCUGUAAUAUAUAGUGUCAGAAACCAAUAGUUCAGUUAAUCUGUCUAUCAAGAAAGUUCAUUUGGGACAGGAAGAUAUUUCUGUUACUGUAGUAAAAUACUAAUGAAAGAAUCAGUUACAGUUCAGAAAGUACAGUACAAGAGUUGAAGUGCAAUAUUAUUUAGGGAAAAGUAUUAGUAGAGUUUUUCUGUGUUAUUAUAUGAAAGAAAAAAGGAGGGCAGAGCUGGCAGCUGUUAUGAAUAUAAGAGUGCAGUGAUAUGAAUAAUGCAUUGAUCAUUGCUUUGAACUGUAUCAUAUGCCCCUUACUCCAUCAAAGUGUGUAAUGAGAGAAUCAUGUUUUUAUGUGGAGUAAAAGGCUGUGUCAAAUUUUGUGUAAUGAAAUAUUUUUCUUAGUUUGUAAAGGAGUAUUUGCAAUUUAAUUUAUCAUAAUAAGAAUAACUUUUUAAAAACAGUAUUAACAUUUUAGUUCUUUAAAUCAUAAUUCUUUAAAAGGAAGGAGUGAAUUUAAAAUUCAUUAUUGCUCUAAUAAGCAAUAAUUAAACCUAUAAUCACACAAAAAGAACACUUAACAUCAAAAUUUUGCCAUCUUAUAAGGUAAAACCUUUUGUAUUAUUUUCCAUCCUAAAUGUCUCAUUGGUGAAACUCUUUGGCUGGCAGAAAAGGGUUAGAAAUCUAUGACAGGUUUAUAUAUAUUCUAUGAUGUAUUAAGGCCAGGACAGUAAAUAGAUAAAUUAAAAAAGCUGUGGUCUCUUUGACCGGGUCCCCAUCACGCCCUAGCUAGAUAUGCAAUUAAGUGAAUUUUAUAAGACUUGUAAAUAGAUAACUAUCAUGUUUAAAUAGUAUUUUAAUAGCAAGUUAAAAGGAUUAAUUUUGUCUGUAUAAUUAAAAAAAUUCUCAAGCAUAUUUCAUAUCUUUGUAAAUAAAAUAUUAUAAAAGAUUUAUUCUAAGGAAUACUGCAAAAGUAUUGUCAUUCAGAAUCAAUUGUUCUUUUAAACCAAAAUGUCAUAAAAUAAAUUUUAAUUCUACAGUAUACAAAAUUUGUCAUAAAAUUAAUAAAUUAUCUAUUGAUAAGGAUUUGCAUUGUUAUGUGGCAGUAUAGUGCAAAUUAUAAUUAGCUGCAAGCAGAAAUGCUGGAUAAGAUAGCCAUAUUUAUUUCAGGCAAAAGCUAUCCCUUUAAUCAAUUUGUCCUUCUUAAUACUUUCAGCUGACUAAUAUAGCAUUUUUAAAAAUAUACUGUUGUAUUUUACAUUACAGCUUCUCUCUGUGAUUGGUCUCUUGUGUAAAUUAAUUCAAUGAUUUAGCCAUGCCAUUUUGUAUCUCAAGUAUACAUAAUUUUGUUUACAUUUUAAUUUGAAUUUUUUGUUUUUUUGAAUUUUUUGAAUAUUUUUCUUAAAAGAACAAACUUAAUACAUUGUUAACUUGCUUAAGUUACUUAACUUUAACAAGUUACUUAACUUGCUUAAAUCUGAUGGUUUUAUAAAUGGAAACUCUGUUACUUAUUUUUUAAGUCUCUCACAGAUAGAUUAUAAAUUUUAAAAUCCCAGUAUGACCUAAAAUCCUAAUAUUUGGAAUGUUUUUGUCAUGUGUUAUUUCGUGAAUAAUUUUCUUGUAUAUCUGUGCUGUAUUUCUCUCUGACAUAUAUAUAUAUAUAUAUUAUCUGUGUAUUAUGCUAAAUAUAUAUAUAUAUAUAUAUAGCAUGAAAUUACUUAAGUAACAACCUUGUUGUUUAGCAUAGAGUUUAGUCAGGACUCCAUUGAUUUCAAGGAAAAACAGGUACAGAUCCCUCUUCAUCAGAUUUCUUUGCUCCUGGUGAAGACGGACUUGUGUUUGUCCUCAAACUCAAGAGUGUCAACUAAAAUCUACACCAAACAUAAGGUUGUUACUUUUCCUACUGUUAUGUUAACUUUGGCGGGUAAAGUUUUAAAUGAUUUGAUUAAUUUAUUCGAUUUUUUUUAAAAAGUAAUUUCAUUAUAUCACACAGUCACACCAUAUAUGUGAUUAUUUAAGCACAGGAGCUAUGUUUGAAUUAAAUAUUGGUUUUAAUAUGAUUUAUAUCUAUUAUGUGUUUUUAUACUAAACUUAGUUUUAUAUAAAGAAGUAUGGGGCAUAGAACAUAGAGACAUGCUCAUUUCAUUAGUGAAUUUUUAAAAACUUUAUUUAUUAUGCAAGGCUGUUCUAAAUGAUUCAUUGCAUUUCAAACCACUCUAUAUUCAAAAGUAUUUCAUAACAAUAUUGAUUCAGAAAAAGAAAUUCAUGAAGCUUUCUUCAUAUAAUGCCUGUGUGUUGCACAACUUUCAUUCAAAUGGUAGUUGAAAUUGGUACAUAACUUCCAUAGCUAUGUCGUAGCUUUCAUUCAAAUGAUAGUUGAAUCUGGUACAUAACUUUCAGAUGGUAGUCAAAUUUGGUACAUAACUUUAGUAGCGUUUCCUUGUCAACAGCAUUGUUGUAAUUCUUGAGCUGUGUGAAUGUUUUUGGCAGUGUGGGUAUAGAAACAGGGUCUUUAAUAAGUCCUUAAAAGAUGAAAGUGUAUGACAUUAUAUCAGAAGGUUUGGAAGUCUGUUGUGAAGAUAGUCAAAUUCGCAUCAAAAUUUUAAAUUCUUAACUUAUUAUAACUGUUAUUUUGUAUGAUCUGCAUUCGAGACUUUGCUUCAUUUUGUCCAUCAUUUCAUCACUUAUAUUUAAUCAACCUUUAGUGUUUCAUUUUACCCUGACAUCUAGUACCUUUAAACUGAUAAAACAUGCAGCAUGUUCUGGUUAUCAGGCAGUUCUUUUUUGGCAUUCUGUUGAAAAUGUACAUUCCUCUGCUAGAAUAAAUGGAAUACCUCAGCUCCAAAUUCCAGUACACAAAGACUUUUUUCCUGAAUUUGUAUAAUUUUUUAAUGACAUUGCACCUGGUAUUUAUUAUUUUAGCUGUAAUGAAUAUCAUUAAUAUGAUACUUAUAUUAGCCAUAUUUAUAAAUAUUAUAGCCUUGAUUUAUAGUUAAUUAUAUAUAUAUCUCUUCAUUCCCCCCAUGAAGAAUUCUACUAUAUCAUUAGAUUUUCAUGUUUGAAAUUUUUGUUGUUUACAUUGCUUAUUCUCUAAUUAUUACAUUGCUUCUUCAAAUUACUCAGUAUCAAAAUUCGUCUGUAUUAUUUAUAGCAUUUUUCAGAAGACUUGGUUUGAGAAUAUAUCAUUUUUAUAAGCAUAAUUUAUGAGUUUUUAUAAUUUUAAUGUAAGAUAUUUUCCUAAUAAUGUCUGUAUUACAGAAUAUUUUAACUUCCUCCAUUAUUCAGAUGUAGAUACUGUUAAAAAUUAAUGUCUUUCAAUAUUCUUAAAAGCCUUUUUCAGAAUAUUAUAGAUGAUGAAUAAGUUACAUUUUAAAAUGAUACAAUCAAUAUUUAAUUUUAUGAUAUUUUUGAGUUAAUAAAUAAGUAAUUUAUCUUUUUCUUAAAAGUGAAAUAAUGGAAAUCAGUAAUGUUAUUAAAAUAUGAAUUUUUUUAAGGUAGCUGAUUUAAAAAUUAUUUUGAUUUUUGAUGACCUUCAAUAUUUGUUUAGCUUUCCCCCCCAAAGAAGAUAAUACACAUUCAGUGUAUAUGUGUAACCUGGUUGCAUGCAUAGCUUAAAUUCAUUAAAUUCAAAUUAUUUUUCUGUGAUUUUAACACAUUUAUUGGCCUUUCUGUAAAAUAUGCAAGGAGUUACCCCAAAAUUCAUUAAUUUAUGAAUACAUAUAUGUUUUUAAAAUCUACUAAUGUUAUGAGCUGUAUUUCUUUUAUACUUUUAACUUGAAAUUUUAAAAAUUGCUUUAAUGUUGUAUUUUUUUCUGGAUCAGUUUCACUAGUACUGAUAUUUCUUAGUAUUUUAAACCCAAGAUGAAAUUUUAAAGAUUUGCCAUGCUAACAUGGAAAAUCUUUGAUUAGCUAACUGCAGCAUAAUAUGCAUACAGUUGUAUUCCAUAGUAAAGUGAGUUAGCAGCAAGUAAAAUGUCACUUUAAAUCUACCAUCAAUGGAAAAUAUAAAUUUAAAAUGCAAUAUAUGACCUAGAAAGGAUGAGAUAUUUUAUAGUUGGAUAUGUCAUUUUAAAGUAUAGCAUAUGAUGUAGAUGAUAUUGUGUAAUAAUUUUAUUUUUUGUAUUAUCAUGCUUAAUAUUUAGAAGUUCAAAUAUCAUAUUUGAUAUAUAUAUGUAUAUAUAUUUCAUUACAAAUAUUAGUUUUUGCAAGACUGGUCAUAUAUUGUAUAAUUUAAAAUUGAUGUAUGAAGCAAUAAAACAAAUACCAUGUUAAGAGAUAAUCUUUACCCUCUUUAUUCAUGUCCCAUUUCUCUAGCAUUUAUGGAUGAUGUGAUAAAUCAAGGUACUGCUAUGCAAUUCAUGUGAUGAAAGAAAAUUUUGUUUUUCACAAAAAUAUUUUUUUUGAAUAUACAGUUCUGCUGUAGAUAGAAGUUAUAGAAUUUUGGAGUAAAAUGUAGUAAAAGUCUAUGCAAUUCAGAAAACUAGUGAAUCAAGUAAUAUAUGGCAUAUUUGGAAUCUUUCCUUUAAUUAAUCUAUAAUAUAUAUUUCUUUAAUGUGUUGUAUUUGAAAAUAUUACUGACUAUUGGGAAAACUGAUAAUGAUAGAAUGAAUUUUGUGUGAUAGGACAUGUAAUAAAGAAUUUUUUUAAUUAAUAUGUAUUAGAAGUUGAACCUGAUGAGCUGAACUUUCAAUCCCCCCCACCACCAUUUAUUCAGUAAAAAUAAUUUAAAGAAACUUUCAUUGCAGUUGUUUUUCUCUCAUUCUGAUUCUUAUAUUUGCAAUAUUAUUAGAAUGUUUCACACAUUCAGCCUUCUUUAUUGUAGAUGUUUAUAGCUUAGCUUCUAAUAUUGUAAUUUAAUUUUCAAGAUCAGAGUACAGUUAUAUGUAUUCAUUAUUUCUAUUAAGGUAUAUUUAUUAAAGUUUCUUUUUUCAUACUUAAAUUUUAUAAAAUAUGCUUAAAUGACUUAGUCCCCUCCCAUAUUGCGGGAAUAGAAAUGUAUAUUUCUAUUGCAUUUUGUAAAACUUUGGAAGGUUAUGGUUUUAGUAUUUAAUAUAAUUUAAUUAUGUAUUUAUAUAUAAGGAAGAAUAAAAAAUCUUAGAUUAAUAAUGCUGAUUAUUCCAUAUUUUAUAUAAAAUUUAUCAAAGAAAGCCAAAGAAGGAAAAAAUAUUGUUCAUAAACAUUGUAGUAUAUUGUCAGAAUUUCUUUAUUGACAUUUAAAGUUAAUUAAAUUUGCAAUAUAAUCUUUACUGUCUCAAAUCUGCAUGGUAGAUUUUGUAUUGUCAUGAUUAAUGUUUGAUAUUUUUUCCUUUAUUUGCAAUUUAAAUUUUAUCUAACAAAACUUAAGAAACUUGGUAAACAAUUAUUAAAAUUUGGUAAACAAUGUACACUGAAAGUGAAGUAAAAUAUUAAAUAAAGCAAAAUUAUAAUUUUCUACACUAAAAAUGUUAUAGUGUUAAUUUAUUUAAUUUAGUGUAUAUUAUCUCUUUAAAAUUAAGAUUUCUAAAAAUAAUUGGUACAGUUUACAGAUUUUUGUUUUAAAGGAUACCCCCCAUAAAAUUAUAUGUGCGAUAUAUUUUUGUUUUAGAUUUUUACUAAAGACUGCAUUUUAAUAUUCUCAAAAUAUUUCUAAUUGCAUCAAAAGUUAUGAACAUGAUUUUAAUUUUUACUUCUAACCAGUGAUAUCUAAAACCCUGAUCUGAUAUGAAAUAAGUAAAAAAUAUUGCUUAUUUUCUUCACUUGGCAUGUAAAUUGUAAAUUUUAAAAAGCAACCCUUUCUGUAUUUUUAUAAUGUUCUGAGUUUCAUUAAAAUUUGACUUGAAAACUUAAAUGGUACUGAGCAUUUGUUUAUGUAUUAAAAUUAUGUGCUUAUGUGUUUAAACUGCUUAGCUUAUAUGUCUUUUUAGGUGGCAGACAACAUAUACUCUAGCGUUAGGCUCGGGGUUGCUUUUUAUCAUUUAUGUUUUCAAGAAUAUUACUGUUUACAUAUGAUACUUGGUAUGAUUAAAGAAUCUAUGCAAAUAUUUACAGAAAUAUUUGCAUAGAUUCUUUAGUUAUCUAUGCAGAUAAUAAUAAGAAAUCUAUGCAGAUAAUAAUAAGAUAAUAAGAAAAUAUGUUUUUAUUUUAUAAAGCAGCAUUUAGAUAGAGAAAGGAGUUGAUAUGCAGCUUUGAUUUUGUAAGGAUUUUGUUCUGUGUUGCUAAAAAUAUUUAACUCAUCAAAAUGUAUGUUCCUUGUAGAAAGCUUGUUGUUGAUUUGAUAAAUAAAAUUAUUGUAGUUAUGCAAGUUUA